AUGGCACCACACACGUUCCUCAUUACAGGUGCCUCUUCUGGCAUCGGCUUACAGAUUGUCUAUGCCGCUCUUGAAGCUGGCCAUAGAGUAUUGGCCGCUACUCGCAAUCCUCAAUCAGCUGCUGUCAAAUACCCAGCUGUUGAACAGCAGGGUGGCAAAUGGGUUGAGAUAGAUGUCGAUAAACGAGAGACGGAGAUUGUUGUAGAGAGGCUCGUCGAGGAGAAUAACGUCGAUAUCUUGGUCUGCAAUGCGGGAUAUGCUAUGUUGGGUUCUCUUGAAGAGAUGAGUGUCGAAGAGUUUGAAGCUCAAAUCCAAACAAACACUAUUGGCGCCGUGCGUUGCAUCAAAGGAGCCCUGCCUCUCUUCAGGAAGAAGGCAACAGGUACCAUUGUAAAUGUCAGCAGUUUAGCUGGGUUUUAUGGUGCUCCCGCAACAACUGCCUAUUCAGCUUCCAAAUUUGCUUUGAGCGGCUUUUCGGAAGCUCUAGCAACUGAAGUCGGUGUAUUCGGCAUCAGAGUUGUGCUUGUCGAACCAGGUACUUUUCGGACAAAUUUGGUUACAAACCUCAUAGUCCCUGCACGCAAAAUCAGCGAUUAUGACGGUACUCCUGCAAGGGUUCUUGUAGAGUUUCAACGCACGUCAAAUGGGAAGCAACUAGGAGAUCCCGUCAAGGGAGGGAAGAAGAUUGUGGAUGUAGCAACUGACGCAGCCGGAGAAGACUUGGCAAAGAGAGGAAAGGGAGAAGUCUUGAAAAUUCUUCUUGGGUCAGAUUGUUUUGAUACCGUGAAGCAGAAGCUGACGAAGAUGGGAGAACAGCUGACUGCUAUAGAAGAUAUUGCGAGGAGUACGGACUUUGCCUAG